AUGGAAUCUACUGAUCCAAUUGGUGAAGCGUCUACUAUAAUUUUUCUUGAGAGUACAUAUGCAACGCCAGAGAAUGUUAUUGCAAUUGAUUCAGAACUCAAAUGUAUUCGGCAUGGUCUGCGUGAAAAAGGGGCUUCUGAAAAGGUAAUCAAUGCUUUACAAGACACUGAUGGUAUCACUCAGGAGUCAAACAGGAAACAACCUGAAAAUCGCAAGCUUCGUGCAAGAAUUGGAAUUUCCUCUUCUGAACAUUUUAGUUUAGAAUCUAUAAAUGCAAGACUCCAAAGCUAUGAUACUGCUAAAUCACCCGACAUUCAAGCUCUUGCAGAUGUAAUGGUAAUGCUCUGUAUGAGGCCAGCUGAAGUAACAACUCUCCGAAUUUCUUAUUUCGAAUCACCAAAUGAUGAUGCAGUGCAUCGAAUCUCCGAUUCUCUUCCUGAAUGGUGGGUUCCUGGAUGUAAUUGGUAUGCAACCAGUUAUGCUAAAAAUCAUAAAAACCAUCCUCGGGAAUUUCUUUUGAUGGAAAAAAAUCCAGAAAGCACUUGCCAACUACUUAUCUGGAUUCAAAAAGCGAUAAAAAAUGGUCAUUUACAUGAUCCCAGUAUUGUAGGUGUUAAAUGGUUAAAUAAAUUUCUGAAAAAAUAUAAUCUUGAGCCAGAUGGUCCAGAAAACUAUGCUAUAAUAAAUGACAGGCAAAAAAUUCUUCCUUCUGAGCCAAAAGAUAAAGUUGAUACCCCUUACAAUGAUUUGAUUGAAGAACUUGAUUAG